AUGGCGGUGGUUCUGAGUGUACCCAACCGCCUCCACCCCGAAGGUGGGCCCUGGGUAUGCGAACCGCUUUGCGAACGAUUGACUCCCUCCGGUUCAUCCUCGUAUUCUUCAGAUUCGAACGUGAGCCCUGAGGUGGGCGCUGAGGUAGAUUCAGAGGUGGAGGCUGAGGUAAAGUCGUCCCUGGAAUUGGCACCAUGGUCCCUCCAUGUAUGCGUCUUCGAAUACGUUGCCGAACGUGUCUAA